AUGCAGCCCCCCAGGGCGCCCCAGCGCUACAGAAGCAGCCGGAGAAACACCGGCCAGCACUGCCCUUACCAGGAGUCCCUGCUGCUCAGCAAGUUGGAUGACAGCUUUAAUGCUGAUGAAACAGGGGACAGCAAUGAUCCAGAACAAAUCUUCCAGAAUAUUCAGUUCCAGAAGGAUCUCAUGGCAAAUAUCCGCUGCAGGCCCUGGACCAUGAGGCAGAAGCUGGGGGCUCUGAGGCGAGCGAAGGAGAUUGUGCUGAAGUUCGAAGGGAGGCUGACCAGGACCCGAGGCUACCAGGCGGCGGGUGCAGAGCUCUGGCGGAAGUUUGCGCGCAUGGCCCGUAACUUCAUGGUCAUCUUCAUCCCCUGGGAAAUGAGGAUAAAGAAAAUUGAGAGUCAUUUUGGAUCUGGUGUUGCCUCCUACUUCAUAUUCUUGAGAUGGUUAUUUGGAAUUAAUAUUGUGCUCACGAUUAUGACAGGCGCUUUUAUCGUCAUUCCAGAGCUCAUUGCAGGCCAGCCCUUCGGGAGCACUCACAGCAAGACCAUCCCCAAGGAGAGUGUCGUUUCUGCCCAAGAUCUGGACACCGUCUGGUCCCUGGGGGGUUAUCUGCAAUACUCCGUCCUCUUCUACGGCUACUACGGCAGGGAGAGAAGGAUCGGGAGAGCAGGCUACCGGCUGCCCCUGGCGUACUUCCUGGUGGGCAUGGCCGUGUUUGCUUACAGCUUCAUCGUCCUCUUAAAAAAGAUGGCCAAGAACUCCCGCACGAGCCUCGCCAGAGCCUCCAACGAAAACUACACGUUCUGCUGGCGCGUGUUCUGUGCCUGGGAUUACCUCAUCGGAAACCCCGAGGCCGCCGAGAGCAAAACCGCCGCCAUCGUGAACAGCAUCAGGGAGGCCGUCCUGGAAGAACAGGAAAAGAAGAAAAGCAAAAACCUGGCGGUGACGGUGUGCCUGAGGGUUGUUGCCAACAUCUUGGUGCUUCUGUCGCUCGCCGGAAGCAUCUACCUCAUCUACUUCGUGGUGGACCGGUCCCAGAAGCUGGAGCAGUCGAAGAAGGAGCUGACGCUCUGGGAGAAGAACGAGGUAAGUGUGGUCGUGUCCCUGGUCACCAUGCUAGCGCCGUCAGCCUUCGACCUCAUCGCCGCCCUGGAGAUGUACCACCCGCGGACCACCCUGCGCUUCCAGCUGGCCAGGGUCCUCGUGCUGUACCUGGGGAACCUCUACAGCCUGAUCAUCGCCCUCCUGGACAAAGUGAACGGCAUGAGCACUGCUGAAGCCGCUAACACCGCUAACACCAGCCACUGGACAGGUUCUACCUCCUUCUCUGCCACCAGUGCGGCCCCUGAAGGGGAGGAAUGGCCCACACGUGGGCCCGGGACAGAGCUUGGCAGCAACAGCACGUGGCCCCCAGCAGAGACUCGCCUUCCGACCUCCCCCUGGGCCCUCCCGGAGGCCAACAGGACCGCCGUCUACACCCAGAGCCCACAAGACCAGUGCUGGGAGACAUACGUCGGGCAGGAGAUGCUGAAGCUUUCCAUCAUAGACAUGCUCUUCACCGUGGCCAGCAUUCUGCUCAUUGACUUCUUCCGAGGGCUUUUCGUCCGGUACCUGAGUGACUACUGGUGCUGGGACCUGGAAAGCAAGUUUCCUGAAUACGGGGAAUUCAAAAUAGCAGAGAACGUGUUACAUUUAGUCUACAACCAAGGAAUGAUUUGGAUGGGGGCCUUCUUCUCGCCCUGCCUCCCCGCCUUCAACGUGCUCAAGCUGAUCGGGCUCAUGUACCUGCGGAGCUGGGCCGUGCUCACCUGCAACGUGCCUCACCAGCAGGUGUUCCGAGCCUCCAGAUCCAACAACUUCUACCUGGCGAUGCUUCUGUUCAUGCUGUUCCUGUGCAUGCUGCCAACCAUCUUUGCUAUCGUUCGAUACAAGCCGUCGCUGAACUGCGGGCCCUUCAGUGGGCAAGAGAAAAUGUACGAUGUCGUGUCGGAAACCAUCGAGAAGGACUUCCCCGCGUGGCUCGGCUCCGUGGUGGGGUAUGUCAGCAGCCCCGUGGUCAUCUUACCGGCCGCGCUGCUGCUCUUCAUGCUCAUCUAUUACCUUCAGAGCAUCGCAAGAUCCUUAAAGCUCAGCAACCAGCAGCUCCGAAUGCAGAUCCAAAACGCCAGAUCUGAAGACAAGAAAAAGGUUGCCCAACUGGUAGAGGCCCGAAGCCAAAGCCAGGACGAAAGCACCAAGAGGCUUCCGAAGGACGGCGACCUCGGCGGCCAGCUGUCCUCGGCUCCUGUGGGCACACCCCCGAGCAACGGCGCCGUGGUCGGUUUGGACUCUUGCAGCAGCAAGCGUGCCAGGGCAGAGGCCGCGGCCCAAUGCACGUCCCCGAGUCCCCGGCCAGGCCCCGGCAGCCCCUGCCCAUCCCCGCCCGGCACGUCCAAACCCAGGCCAGAGCAGGACACGAACAGGUAAGCUUACCUGCCGGCCGGCGCAGGUGACCGGUGCAGGAGCAGCCCCCGCUCGCCCGGGACGCUGACGAAGCACAUUGAAGACGCUCGCUCAGAACCCCUUUUCCGAAGAGACGUUCAGCGGAUCAACCCUCCUCUCGACGUGCGGGGCCUCUCGGCCUCGGUGAUGUACAGCCACAGGCCCCGCGCCCCCAGAUACUAUGUCAUUAAUGAACGAGACCCUCCCAAAACUUCCCAUCCAGCUUUCUGGCCGGAAAGGCGUUUCCGGAUGGAGGCUCUAGGGGACGCGGUGGAGGUGUGUCCCAGGGGCACGCGACAGGCUGUGCCCAGGGCCCCCCCGCAGGGCGACUCUCCAGAGCUGAGUGAGGAAGAGGAGGAGGCCCAGAAGAGAGAGCUGAUGGCAGGUGCGUUCCGCCCGCACUCCCUGACGGGCCUCCGAGGGGCUCCUCGCUUCUAUGUUGGCCAACGGCCCCGGAGGCAGACACCGGGCCCCGAGCACCAGGGAAGGGGGCCGCACGGGUCCUGGAGUGACGGCCUCGAGGCUCCACUCGACAGGCCGCUGUCCGUGCACAAGAAACCACACUCCCAGAGCCCCCUGUACCCACAGCGUCCCCCAAACCUCAGAGGCAAGCCCGAGUCAGAGCUGUCGCUCACGGAAUCAGAUUCGGUGUCGGCGGCGUCCAGCAGUGACCAGCAGCUCAGCAGCCGUGAGCGGCACUUCCCGGUCCCCUACGGCAAGGGCAGGUCCCCAAGGCCAGCGCGUCAGCUGGGCAGGAGGAAGACCACAUCCAGGCAGGAGCUGAUGGUGGAUCUGAAUGACCUGAUUUGUUCCAACGUCUAG